AUGAGCAGCCUAGAGGGGGGCUCGUUGACUGUGCAGUGUCGAUACAGCCCUGUGUGGGAGACCCAUGUGAAGUGGUGGUGCCGAGGAGCUUCUUGGGCUGGCUGCCAGUUCGUCGUUAAAACCACUGAAUCAGAGAAGGAGGUGAAGAAGGACCGCGUGUCCAUCAGGGACAAUAGGAAAAACCGCACCAUCACCGUGACCAUGGAGAAGCUCAGGCUAAACGAUGCAGACACUUACUGGUGUGGGAUUGAGAAAUUUGGAGCUGACCUUGGGGUCCAAGUUAAAGUGACCAUUGACCCAGCGCCAGUCAGCUUGGAAGAGACCAGUGGCUCCCCGGCUGUGACCAGCCCCGGCUCCAGCAGCGGCAGUGUCUUCUUGGAGGCCAGCAUCAUCCUUCCCCUCAUCUCUGCUGUGUUGAUUCUUCUCUUGAUGGUGGCCUCACUUGUGGUUUGGAGAAUGGUGAAACAACAGAAGAAAGGUGCUUCAGCCCCUGGAGGGCGAUAUCUGCUAUACAAACUUGAGCCUGCAGCAGGCUGA